AAUCCAAUUCCAUACCGUAACUUGACAACUCAAAAUACUGGAUCGUGGUGGAUUAUCCGUCUUGCUAUCUUUCUCCUCGCGUACGGUGAAACAUGGGAAAGACGAAAUCUUUCAAAGAUGAAUUCACCUUUGAGCAAAGAUGCGAAGAAUCACGCGAUAUUAUUGCAAAAUAUCCUGAUCGAGUCCCCGUAAUUGCUGAGAGAUAUUCAAAAACCGACCUGCCUGAAAUGGAAAAGAAAAAAUUUCUGGUACCCCGAGACAUGUCUAUUGGUCAAUACAUUCACAUUUUAAGCAGCAGGCUUCAUCUGACGCCCGGAAAAGCUCUCUUUGUAUUUGUGAAAAAUACAUUACCUCAAACAGCUACUCUGGUGGACUCAGUCUAUGAAUCCUUCAAGGAUGAGGAUGGAUUUCUCUAUAUGUGCUACAGCAGUGAAAAGACCUUUGGCUAUGCUGGAAUUUAUUCUUGUGAAUGUUACUGAACUUCGUAAAGUAAUGCUAAUCCUGUAUUAUUCUGUGUGCAAUUAUGUGUUCUAGUGAAUAUGCCCUGUGACAUCUUCCAGCUGAUAGUAUGGACCCGUGACAUAUGUUUCUUUUAUCAUAUAUUAUCAUAACCACCAA